CAAACCCUUAUACAUCCAUGUGCAAACCUCAAGCUGGUACAGUUUGACAGAUGAACGUGUGUUUAACGGUGUACCAGAUUUAACAUGGGUUGAAAUACAGCCAUCAGCGUGGAUGAUUUCUCGGAGGAGCAAGUCGUGUUUAAAAGGGCAGUUAAACUUUCCACGCUUCUGAAGAAGAAGAAGCCAUUUGUAUUUUAUACAUACAAAAUCGUUAGCUGCAUAUUACCCAUCCCACACAGUGGGAGCAGUGGGCUGCUAUGGGGGCGCCCGGGGAGCAGUUGAGGGUUGGGUGUGUCUUGCUCAAGGACACUUCGACGUUUAACAUGAGGCAGGCAGGGUUCGAACCACCAACUCUUCGGCUCCCAGCGCACCCUCCCUACUCCAUGCGCCACUGUCGCCCCUCUGCUUCGGCUGUGUAGUCUGCAUUAAAACUGUUAAGGUCCUCAUCGAGUGAGCAAUGAUUGUGAACUUCGACUUACAAAUUAACUUUAAAAGUCCUAAAGGAGACCCUUAAAGUAUUUCUGUGUUUAAAGUUUUGGUACUAAUUAUUCUCCACUAAGCCAUGUUUCAGAAAACAUAAAAUUAACAGUACUUCAGUUUCCGUGUUUCGUUUAGAAAAGCGUUGGAAACAAAUGUAAUUAAACAUAUAUAACAAUUGGAUGUCCUUAUAGUAUCCUCAUCAUUCGAAAUAUACAUUAUUAGAUUGAUUUCUUACUAAUUUAUUCUGUAAUGGUAAUAAAUGACCACAAGUUACCACAAAGCCUAAAUAAAUGCAUCUGCAUAUCUACAGUAUAAAAUAGCCGUGCUAAGGGUUGACUUGUGUUAUUAUACAGUUUGUCAAAUCAAGCUGGCUUUAUCUACUUGGCCCUGACUCAUAACUUUGCUGCAAAAUGCUUUGCAAUAUGUACAACAUGUGACACAAUAUAAGGCUUUGCAACAUAAACACUUUUUGCAGAAGGUCAUUUUGUUUUGCCACAGACGUUUAGAGAUGCAACCAUUCUUGGCAGCGCAUCCUGUAAGUGAAUUUGUGAUGGCAUCUGACAAAAGUGAAGCAGCGUCUUCCCCUCCAGACCUCAAGCUACAGUUCGCUCCCUUCAGCAGUGCCCUGGAAGCAGGCUUCUGGCAUCAGCUCACUCAGAAAAAACUCAAUGACUACAGAUUGGAUGAAAGCCCCAAAUCUAUUAAAGGAUAUUACUACAACGGUGACCCACUAGGUUUGCCAACUCGCCUGACGUUGGAGUUCAGUGCAUUUGAAGUCGAUGGACCGACACCAGCCCGUUGCUGUCCAGCUACUGGAACGCUUUAUAACACCAACACACUUGAUGCCUUUAAGACCACCGAUAAGAAGGCUCUGCUGGAGAAGGAGGCCAAGGAGAUAUGGGAUGCUAUACAGUCUGGAGCUGCAUUAAAGGACCCAUCCAUCCUCUGCAAAUUCAUUCUGCUGACUUUUGCAGAUUUGAAGAAGUACAAUUUCUACUACUGGUUCUGCUUCCCUGCACUGUGUUUCCCAGAGGGAAUAAAGAUUAUCCAACCGCCGUCUGCUCUGGAGAAAGUUUUCUCAGCAAAACAGAUCUCAGCCCUGCAGGAGGCCUAUGACAACCUGUGUAUCAAAAGAGGGACCACUGCUGAGCCUUACUUCAUAAUGAAGUACACAGCUGACACUGUUGGGAUGGCAUCGCUUGAGGACUGGGACACGUUCUUCACUGAUACAAAGAAGGUUACUGUGGGCGUCUAUGAUCCGUGUACUCUUUCCCAACAUCCGGGCUGGCCUCUGAGAAAUCUACUGGUCCUCUUAGCCAGCCAGUGGGGCUCUAAGCUGGACACGGUGGAGGUGCUGUGUUUCAGGGACCGAACGAUGCAGGGAAGCCGCUCCAUACAGCACAGUGUUGUCCUCCAGAUAAAACUUCCCAAGCAUCCACUCGACUCAGCCUGUCCCAAGAGUGUAGGUUGGGAGAAGAACCCUAAAGGGGCAAUGGGACCCAGGAUGGUCAACCUCAGUGAAUGCAUGGACCCUAAAAGACUUGCAGAGUCUUCCGUGGACUUGAAUCUGAAGCUCAUGAGGUGGAGGCUGGUUCCUUCUCUGGACCUUGACAAGGUGGUCUCCACUAAGUGUCUUCUACUGGGAGCUGGCACUCUGGGCUGCAAUGUAGCCAGGACUCUCAUGGGAUGGGGAGUGCGACACAUCACAUUUGUAGACAACGCCAAGAUCUCCUACUCCAAUCCGGUUCGGCAGCCGCUCUACGAGUUUGAGGACUGCCUGGGCGGAGGAAAGUCCAAGGCGAUGGCAGCUGCUGAGCGACUCUCCAAAAUCUUUCCUGGUGUGAAUGCAGAGGGUUUUAAUAUGAGCAUCCCCAUGCCCGGCCAUCCAGUGAACUUCUCCGAGGCCACUCUGUCCCAGGCCCAGAGGGACGUCGAGCAUCUGGAGAAGCUCAUUUCUGAACACGAUGUGGUCUUCUUACUAAUGGACACGAGGGAGAGCCGCUGGCUGCCUACAGUGAUCGCUGCCAGCAAGAGGAAGCUGGCGGUAAACGCCGCUCUGGGCUUCGACACAUUCGUCGUAAUGCGCCACGGCCUGAAGAAGCCCCCCGUCAGUCAGAGUGAGUCGUCUGCGGAAGCAGACUCCUCCGCUUCCUCCUCGUCCGCACCGGCCGGCUCUGCGUCCUCGCUGUUCUCCAACAUCCCGGGACACAAGCUGGGCUGCUACUUCUGCAACGAUGUCGUGGCACCAGGAGAUUCAACCAGGGAUCGGACUCUGGAUCAGCAGUGCACAGUGAGCCGACCAGGCCUGGCCAUGAUCGCUGGAGCCCUGGCUGUGGAGAUGAUGGUGUCCAUCCUGCAGCACACCGAAGGAGGCUACGCAGUGGCAAGCAGCAGCGAGGACAGGAUGAACGAGCCUCCCACCUCUCUGGGUCUAGUGCCACACCAGAUCCGGGGCUUUCUUUCAAGGUUCGAUAAUGUCCUGCCUGCUAGCCUGGCCUUUGACAAGUGCACUGCCUGCUCACCCAUUGUCCUGGAGAACUACGAGAGGGAAGGAUUCAGCUUCCUCUCCCAGGUUUUUAAUUCUUCCCACUCGUUCCUGGAGGACCUGACCGGGCUGACCCUGUUGCACCAGGAGACACAGGCUGCAGAGAUUUGGGAUAUGAGCGAUGACGAGAGCAUCUAAAGGACUGGAGGAACGAACCCACGAGCCGCUCCAACCGGCCCCUUUCUGUCUGCUGGGUUUUCUUUUGGAAACACACACACACACACACACACACACACACACUCUGUGUUUGUUACAGGAGGAAGACGACGAGUGAUUGAACAACUUCAUUUCCCACUUUGUUUCUACGGAGCUGUAUUGUAUGUAUUUAAUGGAUCCGAGUACCUGUUCAUAUCGCUUGUUCCGUUCACUCGGGUUUGAUUCCCACCCGCGGUCUCUCCUUCGACCCACAUUAGCGUGUUCGCAGAGUCCUUUUGGCACGACGUGGGGCGGCGACAUCUGCUCGCUCAUUCAGCUCCGCUGCGGAUGAAUUGGGAAAUUUCAAAAAAAAAAAAAAAAAAACACUGCAGACAACCGUCCAUCUCCCUCUUCUGUUGAUUCCAAAAUACGAAACACGCACGCAGACGUCGCUGCGCAACUGUGGCUGCCAACAUGGGAGCGAUUAAGUGUUACGAGCCCGAGGUCUUUGUGGUGUUUGUGUUGACGCAUGGAUUUGUUUGUUUGUGCACAUUGGAGUUGAUUUUCGUACUUUAGCGUGGGCCAUUUAUCUGAACUAACAUGUAAUAAAAUGUACAUUUUGACAAAUGCUUGGAUGUUUCUGGAAGACUCGUAGGAGCAGUGGGAAAGUGGUGAUCUGAGAUCUGUUAAAUAGAAGAAAAGAAACUUGAAUUAUGGGAAAAAUGCGAUCGAUUCUGACUUCUCAUGUUUUGGUGUCGCUUGUACUCUUCUGUAAGUAUUUAACCAAAGACUGUAAUAAUAAAAUGUCUCUUUGCUAUUUCGGUUUC